AUGAGCGACUUUCCGAACGGGGGGGAGGUGAAAGAGGGCAACCAGGAAGGCUACAAAUCAGAUGGGAGAAGUUCCCAGCAAGGCUACCGCUCACCGGGGAGUGGCGCCCUGCUCGACGUGAACACCCAAAACAGCGUGGUCCAGUGCGACAUGCUGUCGUCCAUGCACGAGGGAGCGAAAAAAAAGUUGAGGAAGCUGCUCCGAGACGACGACAACCGAGUGCACGAUGAAGAGGUAGGAAUAAACAUACAUAUAAAAAACAUUUGGAUCUGCAUCAACCUAAUGUGCACCUUCACCAUCAACGAUUUGAUUCUCAUCUCAAGGUCCUUCAAAAACACAGAAAUUAUUUACGACGAUGUCCUGUUGAGUGGAAAGGAGGAGGAGUCCAUCUUCAAGGAUGGACGAGGCAAAAGAAAAAACAGCUUGUUCAUAUAUUUUCAGAAUUAUAAAAUCAGGAAGAACGUGGUGAAAAUAUUUUUGCAAAAUCCCCAUGCUGUUUGCUUCAUACACAAAAACGGGUCGGUGCAUGUCCACGGGGCAUUGACCUUGAGGAGAGGCUUGCUCAUUUUGAUUAAGGUCAUUAAGAGGUUGAAAUAUAAAACCUUUUGGACGUAUCUAAGUGGCUCUGCUAGGGGUGUACAUCCCCAGGGGGGGGACCUUCACGUGGAAGGAUCACCAGCUGCAGCGGGUGUGCCACCUUGUGAUGACCAGAGUGUGCACCCGCAUGAGGGGGGGUCCAUUUCGGGGGAGUCCACUCCUGCGAAUAGCAUUGCCGAGGGAGUCACCCCUGAGCAGAGCAUUAUCCUCAGGGCUGCUUCCCCCGAUGGGGGCCCCCCAAAAAAGGACAAGGCAAAGCUCUCCCAAACGAUUCGCUUCUGCGAAACGGUCAUUGAAGAAUUGAGAGGCAAAAUUAAAAAGUAUGGGCAAGCCCCGUCACUUCCAGAAGAGAGACUUUGUGGGGGGGGCGGAAAAAAGGAAGUUCCAUCCCAAAGUAGUAAGUAUUACCCAUCGGGGGGGUGCAAAGGGCGGACUUCUAACCCCCCCCACGAGGAAGUUCCUCCCCAAUUGGGGCACGAACAAAUGGGUGUCCAUUUAAAUGGGGGAAAACCUCCCAUUCAGGUGGAGUUAAAUAGAGGGGUGUUAAACGUGCACUCCCCUAGAGGGUCCUCCUCAGAGGAAUACCAAAGCGGAGGCAAUGACAAAAUUGCAAAUGUAUCCGAGUCGCCGCCUCCCCAGUUGCAUGACCACACAGGGGAGUCCUCCAAAUUGACCCAUCCAAAUAAUUCCCCAACGCAUUUCAAACCGAGUAACGCGGAAGCGGAUUGUAAAAGUAAUUUUUCGGACAAAAAAGAAAAUGACCGAUCGGUUGAGAGGGAGGAGCACGGAGAGGUGGGUCCCUUCUCCAACCAAUUUGACCAAGCAACCCUGCACAGCAAAAAGUGCAUAUACCAAUUUGACACAUACCGGAGGUGGAAGUACAUCACGCGGAAUGACAUCACAUUCGACAUGGACCGCUUCAACAUCAAGCAGCUGGUCUCCGUUUUUAAUGUUAAGUUGAGACAUUUUGACAUUUCCAAAAUUUACAAGUAUAAAGAAUUUAAGAACAUCCUUACAGACAUUAACAACAUUAUAUACAUCCGAAUUGACCAUUCUCUUUUGUGUAAGCUAAUUCGGCAGGGCAGUUUGGAUCCCGUUGUGCAAAAUAAUUUCGCAAAAGGGGGUCGGCCGAAUGCUCAUCCCCCCGUCAGGACGGUCCUCCUGUUCAGCUCGGGCAACGUCGUCCUUUACGCCUGCAAGAGUCGCCGCGAGGUGCUCUGCGUGUCCAGGUUUAUCGUGAACGCGCUGCGCCGCAACAACAAUAUAGCAAUGUGAGGCUGCAUUGGGGAGCGGC